GUCCUUAGCGACCCGGCGGUAGCAGCCCCGCCCGCGCGCUGGGCCGGGUGAUUGGCCCGACUCCUGGCCUCCAAUCCCCCGCCCCACCAUGUUCCCCCGCAGGCUGUCUCUGGUCGCGAUCCUGGGAGAGCACAGACCGAGUAUCCCUGAGCUGCCUGGGUGGGGAAACGCCGCCUCGGGGGAUUUUGAGAAGCAUGUCUUCUGUUUGGAAGACUCCGUGUGGAUCAGAUGCAGUGCCUGAGAUGGUGGUGAAAAUCAUUGGAAGUAAACACUUUCGGUACCUCGUGGAGAAGCCAGAGAUCAAGGAAAAUGAGAACUUGAAGGCAGAAACUCAAACAGUACUCCAGAAAUCCAUGAUUGGUAGUGCAAGACAGAUGAGCAGAGACUCCCCAGCUCCGACUAAUCCUACUGAUCAUCAAAUCAACCAUGACCCAGAUGAUGAGGAAGAAAACAAGCACCAAGAGAACAACCAGAAAUUCCUCACAGGAGCACUCACAAGCAGAUUUCUGGAUGGCAAAAUUCCCAUCCAGGCAAAUGCCCAUUGUAGCUCAGUACCAACUGGAGACCAGUCCCUAUCCUAUAUCCAUGGCCUCCCCAGGAGAAACCUCAGAGACUGGUCUUUGGAACAGAUGGUAAGGGACAGCUCUGACCAACCUGAAGAUUUUGGCCAGAGGCCAAGUGGAACAACAAGAGAAGACGCUUUUCUUCUUGCCCUGGUCAGAAGAGAACUCAGCUCACGCCCUUUGAGUUCUGGCUUACUAGAAAAGCUUCAGAAAGAGCUGAAGAUCCUGGAUCCUAUCUCUUCAGGAUUUCUUCUCCAGUCUCAGCUAAGCCACCUUUUCUUAAGACAGGAAGUCCCUCUACAGUUACCAAUAGUCAAGAUCCUUUGCCAGAGAUUUUCUAAGAGGGGCUCUCCAGAAAUGGUACAGCCAUGUGACCCCCAGCAAAGCCAAAGAGUUGUGGGCAGCAACUGGAACAAGAGUCAGAGUUAUCACGAUCAUGGCCAAGGUACUGCUCAUCAGGAUGCCAGCCCACAGUCAGAAGUGAGCAAGAGCCUGUCAGAGAUCUUGAUGGCACUAAGGGCAACUAAUGGGAAACUCAACAUAGAGAACCUCAGUCGGAAUUUUCAAAAAGAAGAUCGCUCGUUCUCUGGCUCCCUGCCCCUACCCAAGGUCAGGGCUAUAUGCGGAAAACAUGGAUUGUAUCUGACUUUGAGUUUUCUGGAAACAUUGCAAAGCCACCAGAAUUUGGGUUAUCAUGGUGAAAUAAAAUGGCAGAAUUUUGUUGAACUGUUGAGUAAAGCUUCCUCCGAUUUGCCACAUGAUUUGCCUACAGGAAAGAAAGCAAAAGAAACCUCUGCCACUACCAUGCAGGCUGAAGUUGCUAAGAUAUCUCAAGGCAGAACAGAACAUAUGAAAAUUCCAGAAGAGGAGCUGCAACCAGAAAACCCUCCUGCUGAGAUUUCAUCCCCCAAAGAUCCCCUGAAAGCUUUGAAGGUCAGGCCAAUCUCACAGCCUCUCAUGACUCCAAUGAUAAAGAACGAGCCUGAAGAAUAUGAGACAUGGACUGACAAGUUCAGGAAGCUGGAAAAUGCCCUCUACCUGUGUGACCUGACUAAUACAGGAGUCCUGGAAAAGGAACGGGCCAGACACCUCAUUCACAACCACAAUCUCAUUUACAACCUGUCCCUGAGCCCUCGGAAAAUCGACCAAGCCUUGAGGAGAUUCCGUGCGGGAGAAAAUAUGCUCUUGGAGCCAGCACUCCAGUACUUAAAGGAGCUAUGAUAACAAACCCAUAUUGUGAGAACAGAUGUUUCCUUUUUCUUCCUUUCUACCCAGACACGUGUUUCUCCCCAGCCCAUGCAUAGUGGUGGAGACAGUGUCACAGAGUCAAGGCCGAUGCAGCAACUGAAGAUGCUUUGGACUUGGGCUUCAUUUCUAGCUAUGAUACUCCCUGAUAGGCAGCUCAGAGUGACCCGAGAAAACCAGGUUUCCUCUCCUGAGGUGGCAAGAACCCAAUUUCUUAAAACCCCCUUUUAUUCCAAUAAAGCUCCUUAUGAACAUUA